UUGAUUACAUGAACAAUCUACUGGGAGAGAUCUGUGUCAUAGUCUUUGGGAAGGAAAUGCAUGCUGUGCCCAUUGGCUGUUUAUCCGCUAAGCAGUGCCUUCAAAAUAUUCUCUAACUCUUACUCUCCUAAACCUGCCAGACACCCACAAUACAUUUUGAUGCACCCGCCAAUGGCUGCUGCAAGUAGCGGAAAAACCGCCUUCCAGAGAAACACCGAUAAGAAUAUCUUUGAUUUAGAGAGCUAUUACAGAUUUAGUAAGCUGACUUGCCUGAUGAUGUGGCCUACUGCUGCUAUGCGCAAAUAACUGAUGAGGGUAAAAGAUCCAUCAAAGGUUACCCAUGAUAAAAAUAAGAGACAAAGAAAGGCAAAUCAACAUCAGGAUGAAGAUUCCUCAGAUGAUAUUGCAGGGUUAACAUGCCAACAUGUGGGCCAGGCAGUUGAUGUCCAUCAUGUGAAGCGAGCAGUGGCUCAAAAUGUUUGGUCAAUAUGCUCAGAGUGCUUAAAGGAAAGGAGAAUAUAUAAUGGUGAACCAGUAAUGCCUUCUGAUAUAUGGCUCUGUCUCCGAUGUGGCAUUCAGGGCUGUGGUCAAAAUUCAGAAGGCCAGCAUUCUCUAAAGCAUUUCCAGACUGCACAGGUGGAUUCUCAUUGUAUUGUAAUCAAUCUUAGCACAUGGAUCAUAUGGUGUUAUGAAUGUAAUGAGGAACUCUCAACACACUGUAACAAAAAGGCUUUGACACAGAUCGUUGACUUCCUCCAAAGGCAUGUUACUAGAAAUGAAUCAAGUUCAUCGUCAAAAAUUAUAUGGUUACAUGAAGAAAACAAUGAAGCAAAUGACAUAUUAAGAGGAAAAGGCCUCAGUUCCAGCUGGGCAUCUGUUCCUGUUAAAGGCAUUAAUAACUUAGGAAACACGUGCUUCUUUAAUGCUGUUAUGCAGAACUUGGCACAGACACACAUGUUAAGUGAGCUAAUGUGCGAAAUGAAAGAAAAGGGGACAAAGCUAAAAAUAGCUCAAAGCCCAGCAUCUCAACUGGAUCCAUUGGUGGUGAAUCUUUCAAAUCCUGGAUCUCUGACUUCAGCCAUGCUCCUGUUCCUUCAUAGCAUGAAAGAUGCUGGGAAAGGUCCUCUUUCUCCUAAAAUUUUGUUCAACCAGCUAUGCCAGAAGGCCCCUCGGUUUAAAGGAUUUCAACAACAGGACAGCCAGGAGGUACUCCACUACUUGUUGGAUGCAAUGAGAAUAGAAGAAACAAAGCGCAUACAAGCUGCAAUCUUAACGGCAUUUAAUAAUCCAACAAGUAAAACAGCAGAUGAAGAAACCAAACGAAAAGUCAAAGCAUAUGGAAGAGAGGGUGUGAAGAUGAAUUUCAUAGACAGGAUUUUUGUGGGUGAAUUGACCAGCACUAUCAUGUGUGAGGAAUGUGAAAACAUUUCCACAGUAAAAGAACCCUUCAUUGAUCUUUCACUUCCUAUAAUAGAAGAAAGGACCUCAAAACCUGUUUGUUUUGGAAGGACAAGCAAAGGUAAACAAAUACAAGAAGCAGAUACUGAUCGAUUCAGCUGUUCUUCCAUAUCUGCUCUGACUAAUCAGCAAUCAAAAUUGUCUAGAAAGUGUUCAUUAACAAAAGAUAAGAACCAGGUAAACCAUGAAAGACGACUUGCCAACAAAUCUGGUGAAGAAGAAACAAGUCCUUUUAUUCUGCCCGGAAAAAUCAGAAACUCUAAAAUAGAAGACAGAGCCAAUACUUUAUGCGCAAGAGACAGCGGUGCCUUUUUGGACUCUCCAGGAAAUGGAAGUCAGACUGAAGGCAGUGAGAAAGAAGUCAGCCGUUCUGAAAGUAGCAUUGAUGCUGAUAGCGAGGCUUCUGAAAGUGAAAGCGCGUCUAAGCAAAUGACGGCCAAUAAAGCUUGUCCCUCACCUGAUUUAUGCACAGAUGGACACAGACACUUACCUCCAAAUACUAAAGCGCAAUAUAGCAAAUCCAGCAAUAGCAGUACGGAGGCACUUAGUAGUGCCUUGUCAAAAUUUCACUUUGGAAGCACAGCCAUCGAGAGUGAAGGGCCUCUCAACACUCUUUCCAGCCUGUCGAAGAACACUGCCUUUUCAACAGAGGUGCAAAACCCUCAAAAUGCUUUCCAGACGCUUUCUCAGAGUUACGUAACAAGUUCUAAGGAAUGUUCGGUUCAAUCCUGCCUCUAUCAGUUUACCUCCGUGGAGCUGCUAAUGGGGAAUAAUAAGCUGCUGUGUGAACACUGUACAGAUCAGAAGCACAAACGCCAGAAAAAAGCAAAUUCCACAGAUAAGAAGACAGAAAGUGUCUAUACCAAUGCUAGGAAGCAGCUGCUGAUUUCUUUGGUUCCUGCUGUUCUGAUCCUCCAGCUGAAAAGAUUUCAUCAGGCUGGAAUGAGCCUACGAAAAGUAAAUCGACAUGUAGAUUUCCCACUUGUUUUGGACUUGGCUCCAUUUUGUUCUGCCUUUUGCAAGAAUGUGACUGAUGGUGGGAAGGUCCUCUAUGCGCUUUAUGGAAUAGUAGAGCAUAAUGGCUCUAUGCGGGGAGGUCAUUAUGCAGCUUAUGUAAAAAUCCGAUCAUCCUCCAAAAAACAUUUGGAGCACAACUCUAGCAUUAAAAACGUUCAAGGUUUAAAAGAAUCUCCAGGAUCAGCUGUAGGACAGUGGGUUUAUGUCAGUGACACCUAUGUACAAGCAGUCCCAGAAUCAAGAGUAUUAAAUUCACAAGCCUAUUUGCUUUUCUAUGAAAGAAUUCUGUAGCCAUGUUCAGUAUGGAAAACAGGGAAGCAAUUAGUGUUAUUUAACUUGCUUAAGUGCACAGAAAAUUACAGUAUAUAUAAAUAUUGUGCCUUUAUCUGUUCUUCUUCAAUAGAAAACAUACCCUGGUUUCAGACUCUGUAAAUUAUGGAUUGGAUACAGAACAGACUAUGCAUGCAUUGUUCCCCUCCCACUUUUUUUUUCAUGCAUACAAAAAUACAGUAGACUGGCUAAUGUUUUUGUUUAGUUGCUGCUUUAAAAGAACCCAUAGCUUCAUAUGCUUUUAUGAAGAGCUGAGGGCAAAGACUGCAUUGAAAUGGAAAUUAAUAAAAAAAAAUCAUACGUGAUUGCAAGGAGGUGGGUGUAUAUGUGCAUUUCUGAAUCCAAGCAGAAAUUGAUUUUGAACUCUUUUUGAACGCUGUAAUGUGAAAUAAUACAUUCUGAAAUGAAAUAACAAUGUUUCAAAAUGGGCUAGUUAAAAUCAUGUGCUUUUUCAAAAGUAAAUUGCAGGAACAAUCUUGAUAGGACUGGCAAUCUGAUUUUUUCUCAGUGAAGAAAAAAAGCAUGUUUUUGUAAAAUAUUUGGCACUCGAUUUUUCUUGAAAGGAAUAAUUCGUAUAAAUUUAACAUGUUCCACAAAUGGAAACCAAAAUGGUUCAUUCUACAAAACUAGGAUACUAUAUUGUGUGUUCUAAGGGAAUAUGGGAGUGCAGGUCUGAUUUUACUCCGGGAUGCUUUUCUUUAUUUGAAUAUGCCUUGAAAUCUGAUGAUGUUACAGGUGAAAACUCUUUAUCAGAAAGCAAGCUAAACAUACAUCUUCCUGUGAUGUGCUGGCUUUCAAAUUUAGUGAACCCCAAACCACCUCUGAACCCACCGUGAAGCUGGAGCAAGCCAUACCUUUUCAGAACAAUCGGAUAUUCUCCAUAGAAAUUUAUUGACAAAUAAAUGUAUGUGUUUGAGAGAACAGAUUACCCUCUCUGAACAUUGAAAAACAAUGUCAUGCAGAAGAAAUCUCAGAAGCACAAGUCUGUGUAUUGUACAUAUGUUUUUACUAUUUAAUGCAUGCUAUUGUGGCCCGGUUUUUAUAAUAACGUUAAAUAGGUCAAGAAGAAUAUUAAACUAGGAACCCCAACAAGGAAAAGUUAAUUUAACUUUACUAAUCACAUUGUAGGAAUAUAGAAAGAUGGGUAGUUGACUUAUCUACUUAAUAUUUGAGAAGAAAAAGACCAAAAGAAAAAAAGCAAAGAAAAAAAAAGCAACCUUCUCAACAACAGAAGUAAUUUUUAAGGCUCAAACACACAUAAUGUAUGUACUAAAUACUGUUUAGUGGCAUGGUUCAAGUCAGCCUAUUUUCUGGGGAAGAGGCUAAUGAUACAAUGAUAUUUGGGUAAAACUCCUGAUGUACUAUAUAUUUCCUGGAGAAAUUAUAUGGGAUACUGUAUUCUAUAAAUGGUUAUUUAUGACCUGGUUAGGGUGAUUGUGUGUUACCAGAAACCAUCAUUUAACUGGGUUACAGAAUGACUGGUAAAAGUAGGUAGAAACAGGACUCCUGAAUUAAAUGCUACAUAUCUUUAAAGAAAAAUACAUUUUCCUAAAAUAUUUUAUAUUUUGUGUUUUUCAUUAUGUACAUUAAUAAUAUUUGAGUGGUUUUUCUAUUAAAAAUAGAUAUUAAGGUGUCCAAAUGUAUGUGAUUUAAGGUGACUUAAAUAGAAUUAGCUCUCAGGUCUUUGUUGUGAAUAUCAAUACAUUGUUUUAUUUUUACAUAUUAACUAUACAAUUAGCUUCCCAUUAAGUGUGGCUUUUAAUGUGUAAAAUAUGCCUGUAUGGUGUAGAAUUUGGUUAUUUAUACAUUUUGUAACUAUGCCAGUUGAUACAGACAUAAGAAGGUUUGAGUCCAUAUUGAAGAGGAUUGAUGACAGUCACCUGAGCCGUGGUGGCGCAGUGGUUAGAAUGCAGUACUGCAAGCUAACUCACUGCUCACUGCCAGGAGUUCGAUCCUGACUGGCUCAAGAUUGACUCAGCCUUCCAUCCUUCCGAGGUCGGCAAAAUGAGGACCCAGAUUGUUGGGAGCAAUAUGCUGACUCAAUAUGCUUAGAAAGGGCUGUAAAGCACUGUGAAGUGGUAUAUAAGUUUAAGUGCUAUGAAUCAUCCUCCAAAACCUAUUUUGAGAGUAGAGGACUCUGUUGAACAGGAAGUAUUAUUUUACAAAGUGAUGAAAAAAGUAAAAAUUGAGUAGAGGUAACUUCUGCUAGUGGGACUAUGGAAUAUGUCUCUACUUAUUUGGGGAAAAAAGGUGCUUUCAAAUUCCUGUAUAUUUAAUGCAGUAGGCUUGUUGAACUUAUGGCUGCUAAAAUAGAAAAAUCUGCAUUUAUCAACUCUAGUUCCAGUGUUAUGAAUCAGAGAUAACUAUUAUAGAAAACUGUUUUAUUUUCUGUUUGUUUUUAAGCAGUAUGAAGGGGAGAAAUGUUAUGUGUUUCCCUGUUGAAUUUCUCAAUGUUCUUCAGUACCAUUGACCAUGUUCAGUGGUGGGAUUCAGCCAGUUCAGGUUGGUUCGGGCAAACCAGUAGUUAAAUUGCUGGCUUGCUCCGUCCCGCCCUGCCCCUUCCAAGAGUCCCCAUGCAACCCAUUUUGGCUCCCAGGUAAGUGCAGGGCGGCCUCCUAGGCCCAAAAGUGGUGCUGCUCCCCCUGCUGCCCGUUUUUGUUCCAAAGGGGGUGCAGGAGGCAGAGUGUUGCCUGUCACACCCCCUGGCCACACCCACCAUGGCCACGCCCACCCAGCUGGUCAUUAGGGCAGAGAACCGGUUGUUAAAUUAUUUGAAUCCCACCACUGACCAUGUUAUACUAAACCUGGUGUAAGGAUUGGGAAUAAAGGGCACUGUUCCUCAGAGAAUCUCCUUCCUGGAGACUCAGUCAGUGGUGGUUGGGGAAGAGAUGGAGCCCUUGCCCAUUUCAUUAUAGAGUGUCCCAGAGCUUGUUCCUCUCCCCAUUACUAUUUAACAGCCAUAUGAUGUCCGUGGGGGAGAUCAUUACCAGCAUGGGAUGAAAUAUCACCAAUUUGCUGUAGAUUAGAUACAUGCCCCUCUUAGCUAGUUAGGGGCUCCCGGUAGGUAAUAUGUAGCUGGAUUCAAGUAGAGGUAAAUGCUUCCCUGUAGAUGGUGAUUCUGUUUGCCUUGAAAAAGUCAUUGCCGGAUCCAGCUGUGUGGACAAUUUUAAUCCAGUAUCUAACCUUCUAUUUUUAGAAAGGUUAUUGAAAAAAACAUAGGUUUUUUUUUUUUGUUUACAUUUAUACCCCGCCCUUCUCCAAAGACUCAGGGCGGCUUACAGUGUAUAAGGCAAUAGUCUCAUUCUAUUUGUAUAUUUUUACAAAGUCAAUUUAUUGCCCCCCCAACAAUCUGGGUCCUCAUUUUACCUACCUUAUAAAGGAUGGAAGGCUGAGUCAGCCUUGGGCCGGGCUUGAACCUGCAGUAAUUGCAGGCUUCUGUGUUCUUAAUAACAGGCCUUACCAGGCUGAGCUAUCCGGCCCUUUAGUAGACCGGCAGUUUCAAAAAAUUCUGGAGAUGCAGAUUAUCUGGACCUGUUGCAGUUAAGAAUUGUAUUCAUUCAUUCCUUGUCAUCUUGCAGCUAGAGCACUACAGUGCACUCCACAUGGAAUUAUCCUUAAAGUCCACGACAAAGCUUCAGCUGGUGCAGAAUGCAGCAACCCACAUUGACACACAUAGGUUUAUUCAUGUAACACAACUACCAUCUAAUAAUAUCUGGGAAAGGCUUACCAAGGGACCUGUCAGUCAAGGAAACCCUUCUAAUGUAAACCUGUUUGGGGGCACAGUGCUAUGAACUGGAAUUAGAAAAUGAUAUUAUCAAUUCAUUGUGGUGGUCAGAUAUUUUACCUUAGAGUUCCGUUCAAGCACUCCUUGGCAUAGGGAGAAAGGCCCAUUAGAUUGGUCUGUCUCAGGCCCCUGAUAAUCUCUACAGGUUUAAAAGAAGCUUGGAUUGGGUUCAUCUGUUGCUAUCUGGAAUGAAAGGGCAGCCAAGGACUUGAAUAAAAUUGUGCUUGUGUGACCUCUGUAGAUCCCACAGGGCCAUGACGGAAAAUAAGUGAAUCAGGUUUAACACAGGUACCUCAUGGUUAUAGAACAGCAGAAUGUAAUUUUUCUACUCUGAUUGCAUCUGGAGAUAGACAUUAGAGUAACCCACUCCCUCUUGGAGAAGUAGAGAAUGGAGGAAGAUCUACAGGGCUGCCAUAAAAACUAACCUAGGUUUCUGUUGGAUAAAAUCACUCAGAUUCACUAUGUACCAACUGUGGGUGUCUCUUGGAGGUGACAGGGAUAGCUAGGGAUGAAUUUAGAACUGUUCGUCCCAAUAAAGUGGAAGUUUGGGGGAAAGUGAUUGGCUUGUAGUUACAGAAGGCUAAGGGUAAAAUAGAUUAUCUGGAUAGCAUUGAUUAUAGUUAUAGAAAGCCUGUGGUAGGAUUGGGAUGAGGUGGUACAAUCCAUCCUUCCUUGAUUUCUCAUCCGUCUUUGAUACAAUCAAUCACUAUAUACCUCUGGACUACUUCUACAGAUUAGGAAUGGGAGGCAUGGUGUUGUAGUGGUUCUCCUUUCUUCCGGGGCAUUUCCAGUUAGUGCUUGUAGAUAAAGGAGAAAUUGUGCCCCAAGUAUCCAUUCUGUGGGAUUUCCCAGGCCUCUACACGUUCUCAACUAUUGAAUAUCUACAUGAAAUCUCCAGGUGAAGUCACCCAUCUGCAUUGCCUAGUCAACUCCUGGCAGGAGUAUUGCAAAGUACCAUAUAUUAGAUUAACCUUGAAAAACCAUGCAGAAGCUGCAAUUGAUCUGAAAUACAGUAAUUAGUGAGUAGUUCUGGAAGCACUUUGGUGCAUCUCUGUAGCAGCACUUUACUAGUACCUUAUAAACAUCUAUGUAAUUCAAAGUGCUGGUUACCACUUAAAAAUCCUCUUGUAGUACAAUGCUAAAUUAUUGCAGGACAACUUCUUUUCAAGUUAUUUCUCUUCAUCCUGGCAGAGGAGCAUGCUGUGGGCCUGUUCUAUGAAACAGCAUCACCUAGUGGCAUCCAGGGGAUGUGUAUAGUCUAGUGAAUCCUUGGGCAUCUUUUAUAUCUCAAACGGGGAGGGGGGAUUUACAUUUAUUAUUUCAGGAGUUCUGAUAUAUGCAAGUACCUUUGUAUGCAUGACAAUAAUAUAGAUGAAUAGAUUGAUUUGUAUCAGAGAUUAUCAUGUACACAUAAUUUAAAAUCCUAAAAUAAAGAUUACUUUCCCCCCAAUAUAUUUCAGAUCUUUCAUACAAUCUGAAGUUUAGUCCCAUAAAUAAGAACUUUUAAGCAAAGUGAAGAAAUGAAUUCUUCAAUUUUCUCACUGAGAUCUACAGUAUUUAAAUAUGCUACAUUUUGACUGGAGCAUGGCCCUUGGUACUAAAAGAAACGUUUGUCAUUUCUCUCUAUUUAUAUUAUAAAAAUCAGUACAUUUACUGCCACUUCUGGUUGGAGUUAUCCUACUGUGUUUUUCUUUAAUUUAAAAGAAAGAACUAUAUUUCUUUCCUUCCCCUUCUUGUUCUAUCCUUCUACUUGUUAUGUUCACAUGAUAGCUAUAUGCAUUGAAUAAAUAAAUAAAAAAAAUAA